AUACUAUUAACAGUUAUUAUAUCUCUGUGCUGAAGUUAUUACGGUGAUAAUACUAGAGUUAUAACACUAAUACGCGGGCUGACCGCUCCAGCAUGUCGGUGGAGAAACGCAGCGGGGCGCAGGCGACGGAGGCCCGGGCAGCAGGCUUCUACAUAGCGGCGCAGGGAGAGGCGGAGUGGGGCGAGGACUCCAGCGUGGACCCGCAAAGCGUGAUACUGCGGAAAGCGGACUCACUGGCGUCCCAGAACCGCCUGAAAGAGGCGAUAGACAUGUUCUGCGCGGCACUGAGGCACGACCCCAUCCGGCCGGAGCAGCUGGGCGCGCUGGUGGACUGUAUCCUGCGGAACUACAAGCAGGGGAACGCCGGGGAGACUGUAGCGACUCUGCUGACCCAGGGGAACCGGGGACAGGUGGGGGACUCGGGCUGUAUGUUUGACUGUCCCGGGUGUGGCAGGUUCAUGUGGGAACCUGUGACCGCGGCAUGUGGACAUUCCUACUGCAGAGGCUGUUUACAGCGGAUACUGGUGCCCCGGUGCCAGGUGUGUAGCGAGAACAUGGACCGGAGCCCUUCAGAACACAAACCCAACGUGGUUCUGAGCGGACUGCUGGAGAAGUGUUUCCCGGAGGAGGUGAGGAAAGCCCGGCGGGUUGGAGAGGCUGAGGGGCUGAUGAGGAGUAAACACUGGGAGGAGGCUGCAGCGCUGGCCAGUGAGCUUUUAAAAAGCGACCCUGGCAAUGUUAGACUGCGAGUAUGUCGAGCAGAGGUGUAUCAGAGUCUGCAGCUCUAUCAGCUGGCGCUGGAUGACUGGGAGGUGUGUUUAAGCGCUUCACCCUCACUAGAGGGUUAUUUCUAUAAGGGGAAGGUUCUGCAGGAAAUGGGUCAGGUGGAUGAAUCACUACAGCUUUUCCUGCAAUGCCUGGCUGUGGAUGAGAACUUCCUGCAGGCCAAACAGGAAGUGGAAAAGAUUUUGCAUGACCUGCUGUCCCCGGCCUGUGAGAGCAUGCAGGCCAGCCUGAGGGAAACGACCCACAAGCCCUCAGCUCACCUGCGCAGUAAAUCUACGCUGCUGGACACUCACCUGGACACUACCACUCGCUCUGCUUCUGUAGACUGCCCGUCAGGACCCAGUGAGGUCUCCUCGGAUGAGAAGCUUGGCCGCUCCGAGAGUUUGGAACGGUCGGGUUUGAGUAGAGCUCACUCUCUGCGGGCUCACCUACCAGGCGGGGCCAGGGAGGAGGGGCUAAAGAGAGUGUGCUCUGCCCCACAGCUUGGGGAUCAGGAGAAAGGGGCGUUGCUGAAGAGGAAACUGUCCGGCUCGGAGGCGGGGCCAGGCGUGGUCAACAUGCACAGCAGCAAACACAAAAAACAAGGAGCUGCUGCCUCCACAGCCCCAGCGGUCAGUGAGGAAACUGGACCCGGUCUCACCCUCCCAAGAGACCUGCUGGAUCCCAACGACUUUGAAUGCCCGCUAUGUAUGAGACUGUUCUAUGAACCAGUGACUACCCCCUGCGGACACACGUUCUGUAAGAACUGUCUGGAGCGCUGUCUGGACCACAGCCCCCAGUGCCCACUCUGCAAAGAGAGCCUCAAAAUGUACCUCGCCACUAGGAAAUAUUCUAUUACGCAGGUUUUGGAUGACAUUAUAAAGCAGUACCUGUCUGAUGAACAUGCUGGGAGACAAAAAGUCCACAUUGAGGAAACUAAAGAGCUGUCAGAUCUGCAGAACAAUGUCCCGAUCUUCGUGUGCACUAUGGCCUAUCCCACUGUGCCUUGCCCGCUGCAUGUGUUUGAGCCGCGGUACCGCCUCAUGAUCCGCCGCUGCAUGGAAACGGGCACACGCCAGUUUGGCAUGUGCAUUAACGAUGCCCAGAAAGGCUUUGCAGAUUAUGGCUGUAUGCUCUAUAUCCGGAGCGUCCACUUCCUGCCGGAUGGCCGGUCUGUAGUGGACACUGUUGGAGGGAAGAGGUUCCGGGUUCUGAGCCGCAACAUGAGGGACGGGUACUGCAUCGCCAACAUCGAGUACCUACAGGACCAGCGGGUGGCAGAUGAGGAUGAACUGGGCCGUCUGCAGGAUCUGUAUGAUCAGGUCUACAAUCAGGCCAAGGUUUGGUUCCACACGCUGGAGAACCGCUUCAGGAACCAGAUCCUUCAGCACUUCGGCCCCAUGCCUGAGAGGGAGGCGGACAUACAGGCGACCCCUAAUGGUCCGGCGUGUUGCUGGUGGCUGCUGGCUGUGCUGCCGGUGGACCCUCGGUACCAGCUGUCACUGCUCUCCAUGACCACCCUGAAAGAGAGACUCGUCAAGAUCCAGCACAUCCUCACUUACCUGCAGAACACACACACAGAGUAGAGCCC